AGAAGCUGGAAGCUGCAAUUUAAAAUGUUUCUCAGAUAUCUUUAGUGAUGUAUGGGAGCUGUUUUAGACCAGAGCAAUUCAGACAAGUGACCACAUUUUCACAGCUCUUGAUAUGUAUAUUUGACCCCUCAGAUUCAAAUGAGCAGGAACCAGGGAAAGUGUUGCUGACUGCCUCAGUGGUGAGAGAGAGAGAGAGAGAGAGAGAGUGAAACCAGUGAAAAAUAAUUUAUGACAGAAAACUGAGAUAGUUAUGAGGAGUACACGAUGUAGUAGACCUGUAGUAGACUAGUACUGUAGUAGACUGUAGACAGUGUGGUGGACUGUAGAGGAAAUGAGAAUCCUAUGAUCACAUGUGUUUUCUUACAGAAGCAGAAGCCAGUACAGUCAGUGAAUGGUUACUACCAGCUGACUGGUGUAGUCUCUCAUUUGGGAGGCUCCGCAAACUCCGGGCACUACAUUAGUGACAUAUUGCAUGCCAGUGGGAACUGGUUCUGCUGUAACGACAGCCAGGUGUCAAUGUCCAAUGAAGCCACUGUGCUGAGGACCAGAGCCCGGAGUGCCUACAUGCUCUUCUAUAUGUUCAGGGCAAUAGAGCGGGAGGCCCCAGCACACAGGGCCUAACAGGGCCACCAGCAUCAGCCCCAGCCUAAACAGGGGCAGCACCUGGACCAGCCUCCAAACACUCAGACCUGUCUCAACAGGGGUAGUACCAGGCCCAGCCUCAAACCCCCAGCCCAGCCUCAACAGGGGUAGUACCAGGCCCAGUCUCAAACCCCCAGCCCAGCCUCAACAGGGGUAGUACCAGGCCCAGUCUCAAAACCCCCAGCCCAGCCUCAACCCUCACAUACCUGCCUCGAAAGGGGUAGCAUUUGGCCCAACAUCAACAACCCCGAGCCCAGCCACAACAGGGGCAGCACUGGGCCCAACAUCAACACACCCAGCCCAGCCUCAACAUGGGGAGAACCAGGCCCAGCCUCAACAUGGGCAGAACAAGACCCAGCCCCAACACCCUCAGACCUGCCUCAACAGGUGCAGCAUUCAGCCCAACUUCAAUCAUGCUGCUCUUCAACACUAGCAUGAACAUUCUUUCAGUAGCUUAUGUCAUAAAUACCUGCCCUUGAUUUGACUACUUCACCUAAUGUAUAAAGCGUAUAAAGUAUACACACUAAAUGUAGUACACAUGUAAAUGUGGUGGAUAGAGAGUGUGAUUAUUUAGAGGGUACAACUUCCCUUCUAUUUGGUUUGGUUUGAAAUCCUCCUGUUGUGAAAUACACUGUGGUGUCUAACCUCUUAUUCAGCAUGGUCACACCGGAAGACCUGCAAUAUUAAUAAAGACAAGCAAAUGUAA